AGUUUCACUUAGCAACUCACCGCCGCCCUUAUAUUACAAAUUUUGAAAUGUUACUUGAUCAUUUUUAUGUAUAUCGUAUUGGCAGUGAAAAAAGUAGUACUAAUUAAGAAAGAAAAGCCAGGCGUUCGCCUCUUUCAUUUUCAAGGAAUUCCCAAAAUCAAAUCAAAACUCAGUUUUAGAAAAAACCCAGGAGAGAAUAAUAAGGAACUUGACUUGUGUUCUUGUCUUCGUAGAGAUUUUUUUUGAUUAAUUUCCCAAAAAUAUGGGAUCUGUUUCAAUGGAACCGGCGGUUUUGGAUGAUAUACUACAUCGGUUAUUGUAUUUAAAACAAGCGAGACCAGGGAAGCAAGUGCAGCUGUUGGAAGGUGAGAUCCGUCAGCUUUGCACUGUUGCAAGAGAAAUCGUUCUUCAACAGCCUAAUCUUCUUGAACUUGAAGCUCCCAUCAAGAUCUGCGGUGACAUUCAUGGGCAGUACACUGAUCUUCUGAGGCUUUUUGAAUAUGGGGGUUUCCCCUCUAAUGCUAAUUAUUUAUUCCUGGGGGACUAUGUCGAUCGUGGCAAGCAGAGUCUAGAAACAAUAUGCCUUUUGUUCGCCUAUAAGAUUAAAUAUCCUAAUAACUUUUUUCUUUUGAGAGGGAAUCAUGAAUGUGCUUCUAUUAACCGGAUUUAUGGAUUUUAUGAUGAAUGUAAACGAAGGUUCAAUGUGAGACUUUGGAAAAUCUUUACCGAGUGUUUCAACUGUCUUCCGGUGGCUGCUGUAAUAGAUGACAAAAUAUUGUGCAUGCAUGGUGGCCUAUCACCUGAGCUGACAAAUUUGGAUCAAAUCAGGAGUUUAACCCGUCCAACUGAUGUUCCUGAUUCUGGUCUGCUUUGUGAUUUACUUUGGUCAGAUCCUGCUAGGGAUAUAAAAGGGUGGGGUAUGAAUGAUCGAGGAGUCUCUUUCUCCUUUGGCCCAGAUAGAGUCUCCGAGUUCUUAAUGCAAAAUGAUAUGGACCUUGUUUGCCGUGCCCAUCAGGUCGUUGAAGAUGGAUAUGAGUUCUUUUCUGGCAGACAACUCGUGACAAUAUUUUCUGCUCCCAAUUAUUGUGGUGAAUUUGAUAAUGCUGCGGCAAUGAUGAGCGUUGACCAAAGCCUAAUGUGCUCUUUCCAAAUUCUUAAGCCAGCAGAUAAAGGGUCCAGGUUCAUUUGAGGGAACACUACUACUGUCUCUGUUCCUCCAUUGAAUAGCUGAUUUUCAGUUGUUGAUUUGAGGAGAAAUGUUGGAAGAUUAGGAUGUUGAUGUUGAUAUCGCUGCUCCUUGAAGAUAAUGCGAUAAUGAAAUAUGACCACCCCCCCCCAAAACCCUACGUGAAAGGGUUCAGGUUAUCUGUUAAAAGCUAUUCUAUAACCAUACGAAAUCAAAAAGAUAAACAUGGUUGACCACGAACUCAACCAUUGAAAUCCUUUGAUUUUUCUUCUUCUUUUUCACCCAUGUUUUAGAAAGCAAGGCAUUGUCAAUCUUUUAUUAUGUUUUAUCAUAGGAAAGGGAGAUAAGUUGGAGGAAAUAAUGAAAAUGGUUGUCCCUUGUUCCCAUAUGUAAUGGGGUAAGAGGUAAUAUGAAUCGGAUAUUGCAGCCAGCAGUUUGUUACAGGAGUAUUUUUUUCAACCCAAUU